GGCUGCCUGGUACUGCAGUUGAUGAAACAGAAUAGGAAGACGUUUUAUGAUCAGUUGCGGGAGCACAAUAAGACUGCAGCUUUGCUAGCUCUUGCCCCUGUUCUUUGCCUCUGGUUUUGUUGGUGAGGAUAUCACAGUGAUGUCUGCAUUCAACCUGCUGCAUUUGGUGACAAAGAGCCAGCCAGUGGCCCUGCGAGCCUGUGGGCUUCCCUCAGGGUCAUGUAGGGAUAAAAAGAACUGCAAGGUGGUCUUUUCCCAGCAGGACCUGAGGAAGCGGCUGACGCCUUUGCAGUACCAUGUCACUCAGGAGAAAGGGACUGAAAGCGCCUUUGAGGGAGAAUACACACAUCAUAAAGCUCAUGGGAUAUACAAAUGUGUUGUCUGUGGAACUCCUUUAUUCAAGUCAGAAACAAAGUUUGACUCCAAUUCAGGUUGGCCUUCAUUCUAUGAUGUGAUCAGUCCUGAUGCAAUUAUGUUCACAGAUGACUUCUCUUAUGGGAUGCACAGGAUUGAAACAGGCUGCAGUCAGUGUGGUGCUCACCUGGGGCAUAUCUUUGAUGAUGGGCCUCGUCCAACUGGCAAAAGAUAUUGCAUAAACUCUGCUUCGUUAUCGUUCGAGCCUGUAGAUAAGAACAAUGCUGGAGAAGGCAGCAGUAGCACCAGUCCUGCCCAAACAGACAAAACCGAGCUGUAGAACAAAGGGCGGUCUGCAGAAAACUCACGGCGUAUGAACAAUGUUUUUUCUAACUUGCCUGCUAUAUUAUAUCAUAUUUUUAAAUGUAUAAAGGCAUUCUGCACCAUUAGGUUUUUUUUUCUUUGUUGAAAUUGAGGCCUUGCCUGCCAAUGUAUUUUACUAUAUAAUAGGUUCUAAAUAUUUGUGGACUGACUCUCCUGGUUUUGUUUUUGGAGAUUGCUUUGGGGAAGCCUUAAAACAAGAGACUUUAGCCCCAUUAGUUAUUAAUUUCUUCUUCUUGCUUUGUUACUAUAGAUUUGAAUAUUUUUCUUUUUCUUUUUUUGUGUGUGUGAAGAAAAGGGGAUUGUGGUUAUCUUCAGACAACAGAAAACUCUUGAGUGUAAUAAAAUUCUUGAGACCCAGCA